AUGAUCACCUCUGACUGUGGAGAAGAACAAAUCACUCCUGGUUAUUCGACAGAUAUAGAACUUCGUAUUCCCGCCACUAUCUCUGGACCGAAACGGACAGAGAAUUACAAAGGUAAAUUAUGGAUGACAGAUCAGAGAAUCAUCUUCGUGACGGAAGUGAAGAGUUCUAAAGUGAAAUCAUAUGAUUCUCCUCCUUCUCUUGAGAAUUUGGUCAUUCCAUAUACUCACAUACUAAGCGCAACAUUCCACCUUCCCACUUUCUCCCCAAACCAAAUCCUCCUCGCCUUUCUCCCCGACUCGGAAAAAGGUUCCUCUCACGCUCUUCCUGAUCCAGGUAGAGGUAGUCAUCUAGAACUGAAAAUGGUAAUUGGGGAAGGAGCGGGACAUGGGGUUUGGAAACAUAUAGAAGGACAAAGGGUCCGAUGUGAGGAGAGAAGGAAAGAGGGUGAAGCUUUACCGGCUUAUAGUCCAACUGAUCAAGGACCAUCUUCAAUUCCUGAUUCUCCACCUCCAUUCGACUCCAAAAGUUAA